GAGGUCCUCGAGGGGCCCGUGCCGCCCCAGAAGCGGUCGCCCACGGGCUCCCGGCGGGUCAAGCAGGCCUUCUCGAGAAGCGCCUCCCUGCUGGAGGCCGGGCUUCACGACCCGGAGGACUCCCCGAAGCGGAGGAAGCCGCCCAAGGAGGUCUGGGAGCACGACGCCGAGCCGCCCGAGAGGCCGCCCACGGAGGCUUCGGACCGCGGCGCCAGCGCGCCACCCAGCCGGCUCAGCGAUUUCGUGCCGCUGGGCAGGCCCCUCGGCAGUGGCGCAUUUGGCAAGGUGAUCAAGGUUGUGCACAAGAGGUCUGGCGAGACGUUUGCGCUGAAGACCGUGCGAAAGGACAAG